AUGGCGAUGGUAAUGAAGCUGCAGUCUCGUCAUCAGACUCAGAUCAGUGAGGUACUCGGCUUCUUGGUAUGUCUUUUUGAGGGUCUUGUUCUUAUACCUUCUUUUGGUGUGUCUGUGGUUAAUGUAGUUGGUUGUACAGAAAACUCAGUACAAACGUUAAGAGAGAAAGAGAAGUGGAAGAAGCUAGGCUUAGCACUUGGUGGAAGAUUUAAUCGAGGUGGAAAAAACAUGGAGAAUGUCAGUGGUUCAUCGUCCAAAGACAAAAAAGUUAAACUUGAGAACCUUCCAGUUAAAAAGGUGCCAAAGUUGGAAGGCUUACAUAACCAAUGCAUCGAGAAAGAAUCAAUGAUUCAGGAGCUCAAGAAAGAUAUUGAAUCGGUGAAGUAUCGUCUAGAGAUGGGAAAGCAUGAACUUCAGACAGAAAAUACGGAGGCUAUCUUAACCUUGACCAAGGAGUAUAAUAGGCUAAGAUCUGAGUACCACUCAUUAUUAAAUACGUCUGGGAAGUAGUUAAAUGAAGGUGUCCAGCAAAUUCCACUUUGCAAAUCCUAAAUGAAAGUUUAGCUAGUGUGUUCCUUUUCUUGUUUUAGAACUAGUGUUUAACUAGUAUGUCAAGUAGCAGAAGUCUUACAUAUUAGUGUAAUCAUUAUGGUUAUUGUCUUAAAUAUUAACUGUU